CCAAGACUAAUUCAAUCUACACUUUGUUAUCCGACAGUCAUCUAUCCUAGACUAAUUCAAUCUACACUUUGUUAUCUGACAGUCAUCUAUCCUAGACUAAUUCAAUCUACACUUUGUUAUCCGACAGUCAUCUAUCCAAGACUAAUUCAAUCUACACUUUGUUAUCCGUCAGUCAUCUAUCCUAGACUAAUUCAAUCUACACUUUGUUAUCUGACAGUCAUCUAUCCAAGACUAAUUCAAUCUACACUUAGUUAUCCGUCAGUCAUCUAUCCUAGACUAAUUCAAUCUUCACUUUGUUAUCCGACAGUUAUCUAUCCAAGACUAAUUCAAUCUACACUUAGUUAUCCGUCAGUCAUCUAUCCUAGACUAAUUCAAUCUACACUUUGUUAUCUGACAGUCAUCUAUCCUAGAUUAUUUUAA